AUGGUAGAGACUAGCAUGCCUUUUAGUCUACUUCUCUACAAACAAGCAAAUAUUGUGGUGGAUAAUGGGUUUAGGAACUGUUCAUUUCCAAAUGACAACCCAAGAGACUGGCCCAGAACAAGAGUGAGACAAAGGGUAUGUGAUGCGGAAGAAGAGCCACCCAAGAUUCCUACCGAGGAUGAGUUGCCAUUAGACCCGUACAAUGUUGCUUUGCGCCCAUAUCAAGAAAAAAUGGGUAGAGGGGUUAAUUUCACCAAUAUGCACCUCGACAUUUUGAUGCAACAUAUGAACAUCCAACGCCUAAUUGUGUAUCCGAUGUCAUACCCUACAUUAGAACAUGGGACAAGAUUCGAGUGGAGCAACAUUGAGAAGCUAGCGAAAGUGGACGAGGACAUGAUAACGAUGAGUGAAAUUAUCCUUUUUUAUUUGUUGAGUGGAUUUAAGACAAUUCUAUUUAUUUUUGUUUGA